AUGCGCCAACAAUGCCCGGUUACUUGUGGUUAUUGCAAGUUGCCACCCAGCGCCUUACUGGCUCAACAAGCAUCUCUUAUCAAGGCACAAACCAUUUGUCUCGAUUUGAUGCCCGAAUGCAAAUUCCGUGCCGCCUGUGGCUACUGUAUCACCUAUCGUGAUAUGAUGUACUUGAAUUGCCCGAAAAGUUGCGGUUUCUGUGUC